AUGAAGUCGAACGGUAUUGUGACCGCGCCUUUCAUCACAUUUAGUUUGAUCGCUUUCGAUCGGAUUUCUUGCAGUUAUCUCUCUCAGGCAGUGGUCAACGUCUUUGCCAAUUUGGCGGCUUUUGUCCAAGGUGCACCAAAACUAUAUCGAUUCUUGAGUCGGCUGUUGGAACACUAUGUUCAUCUGGGGGUGGAAAUGGAGCGUGAUAAUAAGAACGGAUCGUUGACUGAUCUGACUGAAUUGCGUACUCGAUUGUGCAUUCUUUUGGGAAACAAUGCAGAAGCAACCUCGUUAAUUCAUCGAAUGAACGGGACGCAUUGUGUCUAUCUGAUGGCCGUAUAUAGACUGGAAUCUCUCUGUGUCACUCAUUCCAACGAUCCCGAGGCUCUUCAUCGAAUUUUCCUCUAUCUGGAGGACAGUAUCAUUAUCCGAGAUAAAUUUGGAAUGUGGACAUGCAUUACUCAAGUGGCGGUUCAAGUAUUCAACAAAUAUCUGGCUCGAAUGAAAGGAAUGCCAUUGAGAAGUGAUCGGGAAAGGAUUAUGGACAUGCAUGCACAAUUUCUAUUGGUGAAAUUUCUUCACGUUCAAAAAGGACUCCGAAUUGUGGCAGACGAAUUCCUGAGUAUGCUAGCUAAAGACUUCCCGCAUAUCAUGUGGAGCGGGCGCGUGUUGUACACAAUGCUUGAUGUUACCCAACUGCUUUCACAGUCAUUAGAAGUGGACCCGAAUGAGCCUGCUCCCGUGUACCAAGUCCCGGGAACUAAUCUGGAAUUGGUUAUCACCGACGGUCUACAAGAUCGUGAAGAAAUGCUCAGUGAUUUUGUCAAACGAUGCAAAGGUAUCAUCGAGGUAGGGCUCCAAUGGGCUCCGAGCCUCGUCCGAUCCCAUUUGGCUGAAUAUAUGCUCCAAUUGCCUCGUUCUUCGCCUGGAGCUUUUCAUCACACGGGACUUGCAUUGAUCACAGAGUCUGUGCUAAACUUUGCCGGUUUCAAUCGGACAGCUUCAUGCCUCACGCCGGCCGCUUUGGAAAAACGUCCAAGUUGUGCGAAGCUAGAUUCUUCCAGUUUCAUGUUCAAUCUGAUUUUGCGCAAUCGAUUCCUUGGAGAGGUGAGUGUCGUUCACUGA